CCUACUUAACUCGCCUGCCCUGCGACUUGGUUAACGGGCCCUUUUAUUAUCCCCACGAUACCGUGAGGUCGGGAAACACUUGCGACGGUUCGCAUGGGGAAAAAGAUAAUAAUUUUAUCCCCAACAACGGCCGUGGCGAUAACGACGACGACGACGACGACAAGAAACGCUCGGCAUCAUGGCGGCUGCGCGCAAGCCUUCGUUACUUCACUGGGUCCUCGCCCUCUUCUUCUCGCUCCUCUCGCUCCUCUUUGUCCUCGUCAUUCUGCUAUCCGGCGUGGGUGGCCGCGUCGUGGCCGAGUACAUGACCAUCGACACAAGCGGUCUCAGCAUCCCCGCGAAACUCAGCAGCUCCGUGCUGCUCACGGACAUAUCCACUGUGUCGGGCCAGGACUGGGUCGGCUCGGACGCGAGCGCGGCCUCGCUCGGGCUGGCCGACACCUACACGCUGAGCCUGCUGACGGCGUGCGCGCACGACCGCGACGGCGGCGAGACGACGUGCGGCGCGCCCGAGAUCGGGUUCAACUUCGACCCCGGCGCCGACCUGCGGCUCGACAGCACCUCGGUCCGCAGCACCUUCUCGGCCGCAUACUCGGACGAGCUGCAGACUUACGCCCGCGUCGCCAUGUUCCUGGGCGUCGGCUACGUCCUCGCGGCGCUGCUCACCGCGAUCGCGUGCCUCUGCGCCGUCGCCUCGCGCUGCCUGCCGCCGGCCACGAUCCGCGCCGCCGCCGGCCUCGAGGGCGUCGCCACGCUCGUCCUGCUCGCGGCGGCGAUCGCGUCCGUCGUCGAGUUCAUGAGGCUGCGCGGCGCCUUCCAUAACGCGUUCGCUGCCGCCGGUGGUCUCGAGGUGCGCUCCGGCCGCAGGAUGUUCGGCUUCGGCUUCGCCGCCGCCGCCGCCGCCCUCGCCUCGACGCUGCAUCUGGUGUUCCUCUCGCGGGCGGCCGGGCAGCCCACCGGCGGCGGUGGCGGUGGGGAUGCCGCGUCGCGCGCCUUCGACGCCAAGAUCGGCGUGCCGGGCGCGGCUACGCCCGGGCUCCUCGGCCGCGUCACGACUUGGGGCCGGCACAAGUACGUCCAGGUGGAGAAGCAGCGGCCGGUGCUGCACCAGCGCGGCCUCUCCGGCGAGGACGACAGGCGGGGCCUCAUCGCGUCCGAGGGCGACUUCUCCCACGAGUACCCCAACGACUUCGCCCUCGGCCCCAUGCAGCAGCACAAGGGCAAGGGACGCCCCGGCGGCCACAGCAGGAACCCGAGUGCUGCGUACGACCCCCAUCCGAACGCUCCGUACGGGACACAGGUAGACACCGUGUACGACCCGCUUAAGGUGUGACACAUGUGGUCAGUUGACCAGUCAGGUGUUUGGUUGUGUGGAUGGUGGCGAUGGGGAUAGACGCGAGCUGAAUUUCUGUUCUCCCAGUCUGUCGAGUUAUAUUCCCAGCGUUCUUUCUCUGGGGAAUUUCC